AUGAGGCUACAAUUCCACCGUUUUAUAUCCUCAUCAACCCCCUUACUCCGAGGAAAUGGUCAGAAUUUGACUGAAAAAAUUGUUCAAAAAUAUGCCGUCAAUUUACCACCUCAGAAACUAGUUCACACUGGUGAUUAUGUCACCAUCAAACCAGCACAUUGUAUGUCGCAUGAUAAUUCGUGGCCCGUAGCUACUAAAUUCAUGGGUUUAGGAGCGAAAAAGGUCAAAGAUAACCGACAAAUUGUUUGUACAUUGGAUCAUGAUGUUCAAAAUAAGACGGAAAAGAAUUUGACCAAGUAUGCCAAUAUUGAACGGUUUGCCAAGGAGCAAGGGAUUGAUUUCUACCCUGCUGGAAGAGGUAUUGGCCAUCAGAUCAUGAUUGAAGAAGGGUAUGCAUUUCCGUUGAAUUUGACGGUUGCUUCCGACUCGCACAGUAAUACGUAUGGAGGUAUUGGAUCUUUGGGUACGCCCAUUGUUCGUACUGAUGCCGCUAGUAUUUGGGCUACGGGUCAAACGUGGUGGCAAAUCCCACCGGUGGCUAAAGUCGAGUUGAAGGGACAGUUGCAGAAGGGAGUCACUGGAAAAGAUAUAAUUGUUGCAUUGUGUGGUGUUUUCAAUAACGAUGAAGUAUUGAAUCAUGCGAUUGAAUUUGUCGGCGAUGGGGUAGAGAACUUGUCUAUUGAUUAUCGUUUGACCAUUGCCAAUAUGACUACUGAAUGGGGGGCAUUGAGUGGACUUUUCCCCAUUGACGAUAAAUUGGUUGAGUUUUACGAAGGAAGAUUGAGCAAACUAGGUGCAAAUCAUCCAAGAAUUAACAAAGAAACUAUUGAGAAUUUGAAGCGUCACAGUUUGAAGAGUGAUGAUGAUGCAAAGUAUGCUAAACAUUUGGUCAUUGAUUUGAAUACGUUAUCGCCAUACGUGUCUGGGCCUAAUUCGGUCAAGGUUUCUAAUCCAUUAUCGAAAUUAUCUCAAGAAAACAUCCCUAUUAACAAAGCAUAUUUGGUAUCAUGUACCAAUUCGCGAUUGUCGGAUAUCCAAGCAGCUGCUGAUGUCUUGAAGGGACAUAAAGUGCACCCCGAUGUUGAGUUUUACGUUGCUGCUGCAUCCUCCUUGGUCCAAAAAGAUGCAGAGGCAGCGGGUGCGUGGCAAACUAUUAUUGACGCAGGUGCUAAACCAUUGCCAGCUGGGUGUGGUCCAUGUAUUGGAUUAGGAACUGGGUUAUUAAAGGAGGGUGAAGUUGGAAUCAGUGCUACUAAUCGUAAUUUCAAAGGUAGAAUGGGGUCUAAAGAUGCAUUGGCUUAUUUGGCUUCACCAGAAGUUGUUGCUGCUUCAGCUGUAUUGGGUAAAAUUGGUGCUCCGGAGGAAAUCAAUGGUAAGUCAGUCAACCCAUCACCAGAGAUUGUUAAAAGUAUCGAUCUUCCAAAAAGCACAUCAGGAGCAGAUAUUGCUGAAGAGCCAUUUAGUGAACAAGACGACGAGGCUGCUGCUGCCGGUGGAUCAGUGGAAGUCUUACCAGGAUUCCCCAAGUCUAUCCAAGGUGAACUUAUAUUAUGUAAUGCCGACAAUAUCAACACCGACGGAAUCUACCCCGGUAAGUACACUUACCAAGACGAUAUCUCGCGUGAACAGAUGGCUCAAGUAUGCAUGGAGAACUACGACCCUGAUUUCAACACUAAGACCAAAUCCGAUGACAUUAUAAUCAGUGGAUACAACUUCGGUACCGGUUCGUCGCGUGAACAAGCUGCUACAUGUAUUUUGGCAAGAGGGAUGAAGUUGGUUGUUGCUGGAUCGUUUGGUAAUAUUUUCAGUCGAAAUUCCAUCAACAAUGCAUUGUUGACGUUGGAAAUCCCCGAUUUGAUUGAAAAGUUGCGUGUCAAAUAUGCUGGCAACAGUGAGUUGACGAUUCGUACUGGUUGGUUUUUGAAGUGGGAUGUGACUAAGGCGUUGGUGACGGUGGCUGAUUUGGAAGGAGAGGUGAUUUUGCAACAGAAAGUGGGCGAAUUGGGUACUAAUUUACAGGACAUUAUUGUUAAAGGUGGAUUGGAAGGCUGGGUUAAGUCGGAAUUGCAAAAGGAGGGACAAUUGUAG